CAAUUUUUAAUUAAUCAUCUAAUUAAUAAUAUCUCUUCAUUCCUUCCUUCCAUCUCCAACAACUCUCAUUCAUCAUCAUGAUAAACCCAUUAACCAAAUACAUAACAUUAAAGUAUAGUUAGAAUUAUUUGAAUCAUUACAAUACACAUUAUUAAAAGGGUUCAUUGGAUUGAAUCCAUAUUAUAUGCAUUAUUAUGGCUUUUCAUCUUGCAUUCAGAUCACAAUCAGUAUCAAACACAAACCAAGGUUCACCUUUAACAGAGAGAGUAACAGAGGAACCAUUACCAAUCAAAACAGCACAAAGCACUGUUACAUGCAUCUACCAAACAAACAUUGCAGGACAUUGGAGAAAUGUCACAGUUUUAUGGUGCAAAAACCUCAUGAACCAUACAUUAAACCUCAAAGUUGACAGCACAAGAGGUGAAAACAACAACAACAUUAAUCAGUUUCAUUACAAUUGCAAGAUUGAAGUUAAGCCAUGGUACUUUUGGAACAAAAAAGGUUACAAAUCAUUCGAAGUCGACGGCCAACAUGUCGAUGUUUAUUGGGAUUUAAGAUCGGCUAAGUUCUGCGGCAGUAGCCCCGAGCCAUGCAGUGAUUACUAUGUUGCUUUGGUUUCUGAUGAAGAUGUUGUUUUGUUGUUGGGUGAUUACAAGAAGAAAGCUUACAAGAGACUGAAAAUGAGACCUGCAAUUGUUGAGGCAACACUUUUGGUUAAGAGGGAGAAUGUUUUUGCAAAGAAAAGUUUCUCAACAAAGGCUAAGUUUGAUGAGAAGAGAAAAGAGAGUGACAUUGUUGUUGAAAGUUCAACUGCUGCUAAUAAUAAAGAUCCUGAGAUGUGGAUAAGCAUAGAUGGGAUUGUUUUGAUUCAUGUGAAGAAUUUGCAGUGGAAGUUUAGAGGGAACCAAACUGUUAUGGUUAAUAAACAACCUGUGCAAGUGUUUUGGGAUGUGCAUGAUUGGUUGUUUAGUGUUUCUGGUUCAGGACCUGGUUUGUUUAUCUUCAAACCAGGGCCUACUGAAGUUGAAAGUGAUAAAGAAGGUUGUGAGAGUGAUGAUGGUAGUACUACUAGUGGAUAUUAUUCAACUAAGAGUUAUACUCCAUUUGAAUCUUGCCUCGUACUUUGUGCCUACAAACUGGAGUAAUUUCAUCUGGUAGAUGUUUGAGUCCCUUUACUAUUUUUGUCGGGAUUUGUUCUCUGGCUGAAGUCUAUGGAAAAACAUAUGUUGGGAGAGGUUUACCUCUUAAAUGGUUUUCAGUUACCUCGAGGGAUUAGCCUCUGGAGUUACACGCGAGGAGAUCUUGGUUUACCAAACAAUAAACUUGAGUAAUAAGUUAUAAGGCACAGUAAGAGACCAAAAUGUUUGUAUGAUGAUAGUGGGGGGCAAGUAGUAGAAACAUCAAUUGUAUAGUUCUAUAUUCUUUUUUGAGUCUAAUGGAUAUAUAACUAAUAUUGCUUUUGAAAGUGAAUUGGAAGAUGUGGUUUACUAAAAC